AUGCACAUCCAUCGUCUCUUCUCCGCAAGCAGUUUCUUGGACGCCACACGCGCGCUUCGCUUGACGGCGCUCGAGGCGAGCAACCGGAUCGGGUGCCUCUCGCUUCUCGAUCCAGCAGCCGCGUGGUUCGUGCUCUCGGCGUCGGAGACGUCCCCGAUUGCUUCGUACGCUGUCGUGUCGGCGGCCCGCGGCGCGCUCUUGAGCCCCCACAUGGAUCCUAGUGCUGCUCAGGAAUUGGCCCAGCACCUCCAAACGCUACAGGAUCUACCCGAGUUUGAUUCAGUACGUGGCACACCCGAGAGCGUCCAGAGCUUUGCGCUCGGUCGCGGCCACUGCACCCAAGACGACGUGCUCUACCGACUUGGCGAGCUCACGCCCCCGAUGCAUGUUCGCGGUGCCCUGGUGCUGGCGACCGCGGAGCACAUGGCGCUGCUCACCGCGUGGCAAGUCACCUUUGUGCGCGAGUGCUUUGGCGUGGACGAGCCCGAAGACAAGGCGUCGGCGUUCAUUUCGCGCGGCAUAGCGCGUCAAGCGCUCUACCUCUGGGUCGUCGACGGGUCGGUGACGACCGUGUACAUGCUGGGUCCGAUCUUCACGGCCCCGCAUGCCCGCGGAACAGGGUUCGGAAAGGCGCUCACGGCGGCCAUGAGUGCGACGCUGCUCGAGGCGCGUCCGACGCCGCGCGCUAUCGUUACGCUCUACGCCGACUCGAAGAACCCCGCGUCGAAUGCCGCGUACAAGGCGAUUGGGUUCGUGCCAAUCGAACGCGACGUGACGUACGAGCUGCGUGACGCGCCGUAG